GUGCAGCUAGCAAACCAGAAUCAGCUUGGUGAUCACUAUUCCUCGAAACAUCCAAAAGAAAAGCCUCCAAGCAAUUCGGCAGAUGCUUCAUUCUGUCCAGCAGAAUUAGCUGGGAAGUGUUUCAGAAAUGUGGACCAGAGGAAACAGCAACAGCG